CCCAGGCAGGGCCUCAGGGAGCCCCUGCCCCAGCUCCUACGCGGAGGUCACGGCUAGCUGCCCGGUUCCGGGUCACGGCUCACUGGCUGCUGGUGGCCGCUGGGCGGGCCCUGGCCAUUAUGCUACUUGCGCUGGCAGGCAUUGCCCACCCCUCGGCCCUCUCCAGCGUCUACCUGCUGGCCUUCCUGGCCGUCUGCACCUGGUGGGCCUGCCAUUUUCCCAUCAGCCCCCGGGGCUUCAGCGGCCUCUGCAUCGUGGUGGGCUGCUUCGGCGCCGGACACCUCAUCUGCCUCUACUGCUACCAGACGCCCUUUGCCCAGGCUGUGCUCCCACCCGCGGGCAUCUGGGCCAGGGCACUUGGCCUCAAGGACUUCGUGAGCCCCCCCAACUGCUCCAGUCCCCACGUGCUGACCCUCAAUACCAGCCACGACUGGCCCGUGUACGUGAGCCCCGGCGUCCUGCUCUUGCUCUACUACGUGGUGACCUCACUCCUGAAGCUCCCCGGGCGCCGCCCCUGCGACCAGAAGGAGGCAGCGGCCAGGGAGGACGAGGAGCGAGAGCUGGAGCUGGCUGAGCUGGACCCAUGGCCCCAGGAUGGGGAGGCCACCCAGCACGUGACGCCCACACCCGCGACACCCGAUGCGGAGGCCGACAACUGUAUCGUGCACGACCUGACUGGCCAGAGCCCCACCCGGCAGCAGCCCCUGCAUUCCCGGCGGGCUGCGCCCAGGGAGCCGUCCCCAUUGCAUGGCCUGGGUCACCUCAUCAUGGACCAGAGCUACGUGUGUGCCCUCAUUGCCAUGAUGGUGUGGAGCAUCACCUACCACAGCUGGCUGACCUUCGUGCUGCUGCUCUGGGCCUGCCUCAUCUGGACGGUGCGCAGCCGCCACCAGCUGGCCAUGCUGUGCUCGCCCUGCAUCCUGCUCUAUGGCCUGGCACUGUGCUGCCUGCGCUAUGUGUGGGCCAUGGACCUGCAGCCUGAGCUGCCCACCGUCCUGGGCCCCGUCAGCCUGCGCCAGCUGGGCCUGGAGCACACGCGCUACCCCUGUCUGGAUCUGGGCGCCAUGUUGCUCUACAUGCUCACCUUCUGGCUCCUGCUGCGCCAGUUUGUGAAGGAGAAGCUGCUGAGGACAGCCCGGGUGCCGGCUGCACUCACAGAGGUCACCGUGGCUGAUGCAGAGCCCACGCAGACGCGGACACUGCUGCGCAGCCUGGGAGAGCUGGUGCAGGGCCUGCACGCCAAAUACUGGAUCUACGUGUGCGCCGGCAUGUUCAUCGUGGUCAGCUUCGCCGGCCGCCUGGUCGUCUACAAGAUUGUGUACAUGCUCCUCUUCCUGCUCUGCCUCACCCUCUUCCAGGAGGAGGGCGGCCCCGGGGAUGAUGGGCAGAGCUCGGCCAGCCCCCACCAGGCCACACAGGUGCCCGAAGGCGCAGCCAGCAAGUGGGGCCUGGUGGCUGAGCGACUGCUGGACCUCGCAGCCAGCUUCUCGGAUGUGCUCGCGCGCGUGCAAGUGUUCACACGGCGCCUGCUAGAGCUGCACGUCUUCAAGCUGGUGGCCCUGUACACCGUGUGGGUGGCCCUCAAGGAGGUGUCAGUGCUGAACCUCCUGCUGGUGGUGCUGUGGGCCUUUGCCCUGCCCUACCCGCGCUUCCGGCCCAUGGCCUCCUGCCUGUCCACCGUGUGGACCUGUGUCAUCAUCGUGUGCCGAAUGCUCUACCAACUCAAGGUGGUCAACCCCCACGAGUACUCCAGCAACUGCUCCCAGCCCUUCCCCAACAGCACCAAUCUGCUGGCCACGGAAAUCAGCCAGUCCGUGCUGUAUCGGGGGCCCGUCGACCCCGCCAACUGGUUUGGGGUGCGGAAGGGCUACCCCAACUUGGGUUACAUCCAGAACCACCUGCAGAUCCUGCUGCUGCUGGUGUUUGAGGCCAUCGUGUACCGGCGCCAGGAGCACCACCGCCGGCAGCAUCAGCUGGCCCCGCUGCCCGCCCAGGCCGUGUGUGCCGACGGCACCCGCCAGCGGCUGGACCGGGACCUGCUCAGCUGCCUCAAGUACUUCAUCAACUUCUUCUUCUACAAAUUCGGGCUGGAGAUCUGCUUCCUGAUGGCCGUGAACGUGAUUGGACAGCGCAUGAACUUCAUGGUCAUCCUGCACGGCUGCUGGCUGGUGGCCAUUCUCACCCGCCGGCGCCGCCAGGCCAUCGCCCGCCUCUGGCCCAACUACUGCCUCUUCCUGGCACUCUUCCUGCUGUACCAGUAUCUGCUGUGCCUGGGCAUCCCCCCAGCCCUCUGUAUCGAUUACCCGUGGCGCUGGAGCCAGGCUAUCCCCAUGAACUCUGCGCUGAUCAAGUGGCUGUACCUGCCCGACUUCUUCCGGGCCCCCAACUCCACCAACCUCAUCAGCGACUUCCUCCUGCUGCUCUGUGCCUCCCAGCAGUGGCAGGUGUUCUCGGCCGAACGCACAGAGGAGUGGCAGCGCAUGGCAGGCAUCAACACCGACCACCUGGAUCCGCUGCGGGGGGAGCCCAACCCGGUGCCCAACUUCAUCCACUGCAGGUCCCACCUUGACAUGCUGAAGGUGGCUGUCUUCCGCUACCUGUUCUGGCUGGUGCUGGUGGUGGUUUUUGUCACGGGAGCCACACGCAUCAGCAUCUUCGGCCUGGGCUACCUCUUGGCCUGCUUCUACCUGCUGCUGUUCGGCACCGCCCUGCUGCAGAAGGACACGCGUUCGCGCCUGGUGCUGUGGGACUGCCUCAUUCUGUACAACGUCACUGUCAUCAUCUCCAAGAACAUGCUCUCGCUGCUGUCCUGCGUGUUCGUGGAGCAGAUGCAGAGCAGCUUCUGCUGGGUCAUCCAGCUCUUCAGUCUCGUGUGCACCGUCAAGGGCUACUACGACCCCAAGGCGAUGGUGGGCCGCGACCAGGACUGCCUGCUGCCCGUGGAGGAGGCCGGCGUCCUCUGGGACAGCAUCUGCUUCUUCUUCCUGCUGCUGCAGCGCCGCGUCUUCCUCAGCCACUAUUUCCUGCACGUCCAGGCCGAUCUCCAGGCCACGGCCCUGCUGGCCUCCAGGGGCUUCGCCCUCUACAAUGCUGCCAACCUCAAGAGCAUUGACUUCCACCGCAAAGCUGAAGAAAAGUCCCUGGCCCAGCUGAAGAGACAGAUGGAACGCAUCCGCGCCAAGCAGAAGAAGCACCAGCAGAGUCGGGCAGGCCAUCCCCAGGACACCCUGGGCCCCGAGGACCUUGGUGAAGAGCCAGGGCCCGGCAGUCCAGGGGGCUCUUCCCCGCCACGGAGACAGUGGUGGCGGCCCUGGCUGGACCAUGCCACAGUCAUCCACUCCGGGGACUACUUCCUCUUCGAGUCAGACAGUGAGGAAGAGGAGGAGGCCCUGCCAGAGGACCCCAGGGCGUCAGCACAGAGUGCCUUCCAGAUGGCAUACCAGGCGUGGGUGACCAACGCCCAGACAGUGCUGCGGCGGCAGCAGCAGGAACGGGCACAGCUGGAGCAGACAGGACAGCUGUCCACGGGGGGUGGCCCGAUCCCAGAGAUGGAGCCGGUGGAGGGUCCCGAGGACCGGGUGACAGGCCGCAGCCACGUGAUGCAGCGGGUGCUGAGCACAGUGCAGUUCCUGUGGGUGCUGGGGCAGGCGCUUGUGGACGGGCUGACGCGCUGGCUGCGGGCGUUCACCAGGCACCACCGCACCAUGAGCGAAGUGCUGCGCGCAGAGCGGUACCUCCUUACACAGGAGCUCCUACGGGGUGGGGAGGUCCACCGCAGUGUGUUGGUGCGCGGUGUGUUGGUGCGGCUGUACGACGGUGAGGCCGAGGUCCGGUUGACAGGCACCUCACAGGCCCGAGACGCCACCAGCACAGCGUCCAGCGGGCUGGGGGCCGAGGAGGUGCCCAGCAGCGUGGCCGAGGACACCAACAGCCCCCUGAGCACCGGCUACCACACACGCAGCGGCAGCGAGGAGGUUGUUACUGACCCUGAGGGGCCUGAGGCCGGGACUUCCCUGCAUGGCUCCCGGGAGCUUCUGACCAGCACUCGACCGCGGAUGCGCACAGCCAGUGAACUGCUCUUGGACAGGCGCCUGCAUAUCCCGGAGCUGGAGGAGGCUGAGCAGUUUGCGGAGGGGCAGGGCCGGGCGCUGCGGCUGCUGCAGGCCAUGUACCAGUGCGUGGCCGCUCACUCGGAGCUGCUCUGCUACUUUGUCAUCAUCCUCAACCACAUGGUCACUGCCUCAGCCGGCUCCCUGGUGCUGCCGGUAUUGGUCUUCCUGUGGGCCAUGCUGUCCAUCCCACGGCCCAGCAAGCGCUUCUGGAUGACAGCCAUCGUGUUCACUGAAGUCACAGUGGUCACCAAGUACCUGUUCCAGUUCGGCUUCUUCCCGUGGAACAGCCAUGUGGUGCUGCGGCGUAAUGAGAACAAACCCUACUUCCCACCGCGCAUUCUGGGUCUGGAGAAGACCGAUGGCUACAUCAAGCAUGACCUGCUGCAGCUCAUGGCGCUCUUCUUCCACCGCUCCCAGCUACUGUGCUACGGUCUCUGGGACCAUGAGGAGGACCCACUGUCCGAGGAGUACAGCAGCAGUGGGAAGGAGCCAGGAGCCGAGGAGGGGCCCCAGACCAAGGCAGGCGCAGGGCCCCAGGAGGAGCCAGGGGUGCCUGGAGCCACCACCAAGUACCAGGUUCAGGAGGAUGCCAGGGUCGGACCCACGGAUGGGCCACGAGUGGCACUCAAGCCCCACGACACGGGGCGUGUUGGCCUACGUUUCAGAAGGAGGAGGAAGGAGAGUCUGGAACCCCGAGGACCAGCAGCCAUCGAAGCUGAGGACAGGGAGGAGGACGAGGAGGACGAGGAGAAAGAGGCUGCCAUGGGGAAGGAGAAGAGGCCAAGUCGCUCCCGAGAGAGAGUGCGGGCAGCUGGGCUCUGGCUGCAGAACUUCUGCCUGUCCCUGGCCCAGAGCAUGUACCGGCCGCUGCGGCGCUUCUUCCAUGACAUCCUGCACACAAAGUACCGUGCGGCCACUGACGUCUACGCACUCAUGUUCCUGGCAGACGUGGUUGACUUCAUCAUCAUUGUCUUCGGCUUCUGGGCAUUUGGGAAGCACUCAGCGGCCACAGAUAUCACGUCCUCGCUGUCAGACGACCAGGUGCCCGAGGCCUUCCUGGUGAUGCUGCUGAUCCAGUUUGGCACCAUGGUGGUGGACCGCGCCCUGUACCUGCGCAAGACCGUGCUGGGCAAGCUGGCCUUCCAGGUGGCGCUGGUGCUGGCCAUCCACCUCUGGAUGUUCUUCAUCCUGCCUGCCGUCACUGAGAGGAUGUUCAGCCAGAACGCGGUGGCCCAGCUGUGGUACUUUGUGAAGUGCAUCUACUUCGCCCUGUCAGCUUACCAGAUCCGCUGCGGCUACCCAACCCGCAUCCUCGGCAACUUCCUCACCAAGAAGUACAACCACCUCAACCUCUUCCUCUUCCAGGCGUUCCGGCUGGUGCCGUUCCUGGUGGAGCUGCGGGCGGUGAUGGACUGGGUGUGGACGGAUACCACGCUGUCCCUGUCCAACUGGAUGUGUGUGGAAGACAUCUAUGCUAACAUCUUCAUCAUCAAGUGCAGCCGUGAGACGGAAAAGAAAUACCCGCAGCCCAAGGGGCAGAAGAAGAAGAAGAUUGUCAAGUAUGGCAUGGGUGGCCUCAUCAUCCUCUUCCUCAUUGCCAUCAUCUGGUUCCCACUGCUCUUUAUGUCACUGGUGCGCUCCGUGGUUGGCGUCGUCAACCAGCCCAUCGAUGUCACCGUUACCCUCAAGCUAGGUGGCUAUGAGCCACUGUUCACCAUGAGUGCCCAGCAGCCAUCCAUCGUCCCCUUCACGGCCCAGGCCUACGAGGAGCUGUCCAGGCGGUUUGACCCUCACCCAUUGGCCAUGCAGUUCAUCAGCCAGUACAGCCCUGAUGACAUCGUCACAGCGCACAUCGAGGGUAGCUCCGGGGCGCUGUGGCGCAUCAGCCCUCCAAGCCGUGCCCAAAUGAAGCGGGAGCUGUAUAAUGGCACGGCUGACAUCACCCUGCGCUUCACCUGGAACUUCCAGAGGGACCUGGCCAAGGGGGGCACUGUGGAGUACACCAAUGAGAAGCACACGCUGGACCUGGCUCCCAAUAGCACCGCACGGCGGCAGCUGGCCAGCCUGCUGGAGGGCACCUCAGACCAGUCUGUGGUCAUCCCUAACCUCUUCCCCAAGUACAUCCGCGCACCCAACGGGCCCGAAGCCAACCCCGUAAAGCAGCUGCAGCCCAAUGAGGAGGCUGACUACCUUGGCGUGCGCAUCCAGUUACGGCGAGAGCAGGGCGCGGGGGCCGCCGGCUUCCUGGAGUGGUGGGUGGUCGAGCUGCAGGACUGCCGGGCCCACUGCAACCUGCUGCCUAUGGUCAUCUUCAGUGACAAGGUCAGCCCACCCAGCCUCGGCUUCCUGGCUGGUUACGGGAUCAUGGGGCUAUAUGUGUCCAUCGUGCUGGUCAUUGGCAAAUUCGUGCGCGGCUUCUUCAGCGAGAUCUCACACUCCAUCAUGUUCGAGGAGCUGCCGUGUGUGGACCGCAUCCUCAAGCUGUGCCAGGACAUCUUCCUGGUGCGCGAGACCCGUGAGCUGGAGCUAGAGGAGGAGCUGUAUGCCAAGCUCAUCUUCCUGUACCGCUCGCCGGAGACCAUGAUCAAGUGGACCCGUGAGAAGGAGUAGGGACCAGACUGGCCCAGAAGGGAGGAGCCAGCCGCUGUGCAGUGCAGCCACAAGGGGGGGGUUGGCGCUCCUCGGGCCGGGGGAGCAGCUGCCCCAGGCAGAGGCCACCAGCUGUGACACGUCCUCCCGGCCCACUGAGCCCUGAUGCUGCUGUCAGAGAAGGCGCGUGGCACUGCCAUCCCUCC